GCCUCUCCCAUCACUGGCUUUGUUGACAUUGGGGUGUGAGGGGCGGGCCCGCGCCUCACCCAACCUUCAACAUGGCCCAGUUCUCAGCCUUCUCGCGUGCCAUACAUUGUUAUUUUCUGAUUUUAAGUGUCGUGGGCAUCCAGGGAGCAGUAAAUCAAAACGAAAUGAAAGAAUCAAGUAUUACGGUGGUUCUUCUGGCGAGAAACAAGGAGCACACUCUCCCGUACUUCUUGACGCUGUUCGAACGAUUGGAGUACCCGAAGAAGAGAAUGGCUCUCUUUAUUCGGUCUGAUCAUAAUAAUGACAGGACUAUUGCCAUAUUGGAAGAUUGGUUGAAGCAUCAUAAGCAUAAAUAUCAUUCAUGUGAUGUCAAGCUAGACAAGGCGUCUAAACAGUAUCCCGGGGACUCGAAAGGCACCGAGUGGAGUCAAGAGAGAUUCAACAACAUUAUUCAAAUGAAGGAAGAAGCCUUAGCACUUGCAAGGCACAUGUGGACAGAUUAUAUCUGGUUUUUAGAUGUGGAUGUUUUUCUAACAAGAGGUGACAUCAUUCAAAGUAUGAUAUAUGAGGAGAAAGCCAUAGUUGCACCCAUGUUAAAUUCGCUUGCUACCUACAGCAACUACUGGGGAGGCAUGACCAAAGAUUAUUGGUACACACGUUCAGAUGACUACAUUCCAAUACUGGAUAGAAAGCAGAAGGGAUGCUUUGCUGUUCCAAUGGUUCAUUCGUGUGUCUUUAUUGACUUGAGAAGGAGAAUAUCAGAUAAGCUCACCUUUUCCCCAAUGAAUGUUAGUAACUACAAUGGCCCUAAUGAUGAUAUCAUUACCUUUGCUAUCUCUGCAAGAAAUGCAGGAAUUGAAAUGUAUGUGUGCAACUCUGAAGUAUAUGGCUUUAUUCCCCCUCCACUGGAUGAUGACCAACACUUGGAUGUUGAUUUGAAACAGCUACUAAGCAUUAAGUUGGAAGUUCUUAUAGAACAUCCACCAUUGCCUGUAUCAACAUUAUUAGCAAAGUAUGUCCCUCCACUGCCCAAGAAAGAUAAAGCUGGAUUUGAUAAGAUAUAUCUCAUCAGUUUAACUCGAAGACAAGAAAGACGUGAGCGAAUGAGUCGCUGCUUCGAUGAAUUAGGACUUGACGUCAAGUUAUUUGAUGCAGUGGAUGGGAAAAAGUUAAAUGAAAGUUACCUGAGACAGCUUGGAGUAAAGCAGAUGUCAAUUUACAAGGAUCCAUGGUCACAGCGUGACAUGACUUUUGGCGAGAUAGGCUGCUUUCUUAGUCAUUACUUUAUCUGGGAAGAUAUAGUUAAUAAUGGCUAUGAAAAGGUGUUAUUGUUUGAAGAUGAUAUUCGCUUUGAACCUUAUUUUAGAGAAAAAGUGAAGCAUAUGAUUCGCCAGGCUGACAGACUCCUUCAGUGGGACCUUAUUUAUCUUGGGCGCAAAAAGCUAAAAAAUUCGGAUGAACCAUGGGUGGAAGACUCUGACACAUUGGUACAUGUGGACUACUCCUACUGGACGCUCUGCUACGUUAUCACUCUGCAGGGCGCAAAGAAGCUCCUUGAUGGCGAGCCUCUUGGCCAACUUAUACCUGUUGAUGAAUACCUUCCAAUUAUGUUUAAUAAACAUCCUGAGACUGAAUGGAAGGAAAAGUUUCCUGUCCGGAAUUUGAAUGCUUUCUCGGUGGCUCCCUUAUAUGUAUACCCAACACACUAUACUGGUGAACUGGGCUACAUUAGUGACACUGAAGAGUCACCUAUCAUUCAGGAUGCAGAUGCUGCUACACCAUCAAUGGACUCCAGUUUGGAAGGUAAAGGACUGGAGCUAGAGGUUGGAUUGAAUGGGCUAGUGAAGGAUGAGCUUUAAGUGUGCCUAUUUAUAUACAUUUUAAUACAGCAUAAUUUACAGAAUUCACAUUACUGUAUAGCAGAUUGCCAAAGUUACUUGUAUACAUAUAAUUUACAGAAAAAAUUAAUAAAUUUUUUUAUCCAAAUUUAUAUACAGUACUGCAUAAUGACUUUACAUUCAUGUUUACAUUUAGUAUUUACAUACAGUAUAUUGCAGAGCAGUAUAUAUUUAUAUAUGCAUCUAUAAAAGUAUAUGUUAAUUCAGUUUAUAAUCAUUUUGAUAAGAGAACAAAAAUCUUGAACAGUUAAUUAAAAUAAAUAAAAUAUAUAUACUGUAAUAUCAGCCAGUAGUAUUUAAAUUUUUUAUGGUAGGUGCUUAUUCAUAAUUUGUCUUGUAUGUUCAGCCUUAAAUUAUUGAAAGUACAGUAUACAGUAAAUACAGUAUAUAUAAUAGAGUAUAUACAAGGCAAAGGCUUCGCUUAUGAUCAGUAAAUGUUUCAUUGUUUAAACAUCAAGAUGAAAUGUAAAUGGAUGUAGUGCAAGGUGCAUCCUGAACAUGGCAAACACUAUGUUAAGAAUGAUUGUCUUAUAUUUGCAGCUGUACGAUAUACAGUAGUUUGUACUAUAAUAGUGCGGUAUUUAAAUCAUCAAUUCUCCUCACUGAAGAGCAUGUUACCAACAUAUAUAUAUAAUUUUUUUAAUUAUUAUUCCUAAUAUAAUUUUUUUUAAUUGAAUGGUUGAAAUACAGUAGUAUAUGUAGUAUACUGUAAUGGUUUAAAAAUAUAUUUUUACGGUAAUGAAUUACGUUUUAUAAGUAAGCUGUCAAAAUAUUUUGUUCUGUUUUUUAAAUACGUUGUUUAAAUGAUCUGACAGAUUUUAAGAUAUCACAGUACAAAUAUACUUCAUCUAUGAUUUUCUUUCUUUUGCUUAGUGAUUGAUGAAUCUGUACUGUAAUUUAGAUUUUUUUCUAUUUUAUUCCAAAUAAAGGUAAGAUAUAAUUUUAUAAGGUAUCAUUAAGGUACAUUAUAUGGUUGUAUUGAAAUGAAGUUACUGUAUUUAAGAGACAGACAUAUUUUCAUUUGUUAAAAAACACUUAGGCAAUUGGUUCUAUACUUGGAGAGUUUUUAACAAUCAUAUUGACCUGUUUUGAUGCUAAACUUUGUCAAAUUUGCCUCUUAUUGUGUUUAACAGAGUUCUAGGCAAAAAAAAACCACACACACACACAUGCAUAUAUGUGUGCAUUCAUAUAAACUGCAUACAUGUAUAGUAUAGUAUAGUACAGUAUAUACGAUACUUAAGUUGCCAUAUUAAUGUUUAAUUUGUAUUUGUGCCUCAGAGAUAGACAAGUAAGAGUUACAAAUCACUUAACCCUUCCACUGCAGUAUAUAUUUAGGGGGGUGUCUAUUGUGUGCUAUUUUUUUAUGAAAUUGAGCUAAUGAUGAGAAAAUAAAGUACAAAUUUUUAUUUACCGAACUUUUUGGGUUUGGGCAGCCAACUCCCCACCACCCAAAAAUAUAUAUUUUUCUGAAAAUAUUCAGUAGUAAAGCAUGUAGACCGUGGAAAAUAAACAAACCCAAAUCUAACUGUAAUACUUUUGGCUUGCACAAAUAUACAGUAUGAAAUUUUUUCGCUGGGCCAGUGGGCGACCCGCCACACACCCCUAAGUUGGCUGAGCAUUUCCCAUGAGUGCGCACCCGUUCUAAAAUGUUUAUACUGUACUCUCUUUUUUUUCACCUUUCCCACCUCAAUUUUUAUGCUAAGUCAUUCAAUUUGGUAUCAAAUUAUUCGCAAUAGAAUGUUGUAAAGGGAUAUUUGCAUAUAAGAACAUAAGUCUCGCUUUUUUAUAAUUUUGAUGAACACUCGAUACCUUUUCCUUCAUAUGUGUUUCUUCAUAUGUGACGCCAUUUGCAUCAUCGCGCACUCUGAAUUUUGGUUCCGUGACAGAAUAUGUGGCAUCAGGCAGCGAAAGUGUUAAUUAUUGUAGAGCUUUCUUAACCUGGCCCGCAAGCCA